AUGCAGGAAUGUUUGAAAUUUAUCUAGAAACAAGAUAAUAUCUUAAGGCUUUAAAAAAAUGGCCCUAAGAAGCCUAAUAAUUUAGAUAGUAUUGUCUAAAUUCUAAGAUCUUUGGUUUCCAAUGAAGCACCGAAACACGUAUAUGUUGUAACAAAGGGGGAAUUCGUAUAAGUCAAAUAUGUGAAGUCGCAAUCCAAGAAUCCCUUAUCUUAUAUAAGUAAGAUAUUUGCUCAAGAACCUCAAAUAUAGAAAUAGCUUCGUACCUUCAAGGUGAUGGAUGUGAUUGGAAUGGAUGAAAUUCAUAAUGAAAAUUACACCUACGAUGUUUUCUGCAAUUCAACAAUCGGAGAAGUUUUUUGCAUCAAGAAAUGUGUUUUCGAGAAAAUUGUCCCAAAUCAAACCAUGAAGAAGAAGAACCUUCAAAUAAUGAUAGAAAAUAAACCCUGUCAAAUGAUUGAAAUUCAUUCUGCAAAAGGAGCAACGCCAAUUAAUCGAUUAUAAUUGGGAGAAAUACCCAGACAACCUGAAGAGAUCAGCACGCAUCGACAUGAAAAGAGAACCAUCGAUUUUACAGCCUUCAAGUAAGUUAAACCUUAGCAUGUUAAGAACCUCCUUUAAACAAUAGAUUUCUUGGUGAUUGAUUCAGCUUAAAUAUAUAUCAUUUUAUUAUCAUUCAUUUUAAGAGAUCUCUAUCAAUCAACUAUUAUAUUUUCAGACUCUUCCCUUGACUUCUUUCAUCCACACUAUACUGAACUGACAUUUUGUUUAUUAAUUUAUAUUUAUAUAAUAUUAAUAAUGUCUAACCACCGCAAUCUGAAGGAUUUAUUUCCAACCAAACUUAAUUUUAUUAAGCCAAAAGCUGUAAGAUAUGAUCCCAAUCAUUAUUAGGAAUUAAAGGAUGAACGGCCAAAGCAAACCAACAAAUCCCCUUUAGGAUUAAGUUAAUUUACUAGUUUUUUCUAAAUUGCUCAAAAGACUACCAAAAAUAGACAAACACCCUCCUCUCAAAGAAGUGCAACACCUUCUAAGGUUAAAAUCAUUUAAGUGAACAUGCAAAAAUAAGAUUAGUCGCAAAUGAAAAUUUAGUCUAAGCAUUCCAGGAAUUAAAGUGCCACCAACAUUAACAGCAGUAGAAACAAUUCAUUUCACAAAGAGAAGUAGGACUAAUUAUUUUAAAACCCAAGUUCUCGUAGUCCUGUCUACGUAUUGUCCAAGCUAAUGUCAUAACAUCAUUAAUAAGAUUCUUAAAUAUAAAUUCAUAAUCAAUCCAAAGAUUAAUCUCCCGCUAAACCAGCAAUUUUUGAUAAUCUAGAUAUUAUUAAUAGAAACACUGUUCGGAAGAAUUCCAAAUCACCAAAUACUACUGCAUAAAAAGUGUCUCCGUUUGUGUAUCCAAAAUUUUCAAGUGUCCAUCAAAUUAAACCUCAAGAUAAUUUGUUCAAGCAAUAGGAGAGUUUAGUUAAGGAAAAUAAGCCGAUUGAGAAAGAAUCUCAAUUUAUAAACGAAGCCCCUCAGAUCCAUAUUAUGUAGUAGGAAUUCUAAGUACCUAGUUAAUUUAAAUACUCUAAAGGCUUUGAAAAUCUAUUUAACUCAAUGAUGAAUUUGUAACAUAACUCUAGAUAUGAGAAUUCUAAGAGCAUAGUUAAACAGCAAGAAAGACAAGAGUCAAGUGAUGGCAAUGAAGAAACCUUAGUGGCAGACUGCAACAUACAAGUCAGCAAGAACAACUUUCAAUUUCAUUAUGUGAUUGGGAAGGGUGGAUUUGGGAAGGUUUGGAAAGUUGAAAUAAAGAAAUCAAGACAGUUGUAUGCUAUGAAGGAGAUGUCGAAGGCAAAAGUAAUAGCCAAAAGAAGUGUUAAUUCAGUAAUGAAUGAAAGAAAUCUAUUGGCCUAAUUUAAACAUCCCUUUUUGAUCAAUAUGAAUUAUUGUUUUCAAGACAGGGACAACUUAUAUUUGGUGAUGGAUUUAUUGACUGGAGGAGACCUAAGAUAUCACAUUGGAAAAAUGAGGAGGUUUAAGGAACAUCAAACCAAAUUCUUUGUAGCUUGUGUUUUGUUGUCAUUGGAGUAUCUGCACAAUAACAACAUCAUUCAUCGAGAUCUUAAGCCAGAAAAUUUGGUUUUGGACAAAUAUGGGUAUGUUAGAUUAACAGAUCUAGGGAUUGCCAGGAUCUGGAAACCUGAGAAUUCACAAGAUACCAGUGGCACUCCAGGAUACAUGGCUCCUGAAGUGAUGUGCAGGUAGAAUCACACGAUAGCUGUAGAUUACUUUGCUCUUGGGAUCAUGGGUUAUGAAUUUAUGUUAGGCAGAAGGCCUUACAAUGGAAGAUCAAGAUAAGAAAUCAGAGAUCAAAUCCUCACCAGACAGGUGCAGAUCAAAAAGUCUGAGGUUCCAAAUGAUUGGUCGAUUGAAGGUGCUGAUUUUAUAAACAAAUUAAUAUAAAGAAAACCAAUAAAUAGACUUGGUUUUAAGGGGCCAGAUGAGGUGAAAAAUCAUCCUUGGCUUAGAAAUUUCCCUUGGCAAAGGCUUUUGAAUAAAGAAAUCUAAUCUCCGUAUAUUCCAAGUGAAAUUGAUGACAAUAUCGAAUAUUUAAAUUAAAUUAGUGAGGAUAAUGAAAGCCAAGAUGACUUGAUCAGAGAAAAUAAACUCUUAUUAAAGAAAAACUCCGUUUAAAAUCUAUUUAGCGGUUAUAGUUAUGAAUAAAAUCUCUCAAAACAUACAAAGAGCACUUCUAGUACGCUCUUUUUAGGAUGA